AAUGGCAAUGUGAACGUUUGCCAUCGACGUUUGAGCAAAUACAAUAUCCACACUAACAAUUGAUUUGUGCUCGAAGAAAGGCAACGAACUUUUGCGCUGUCAGCCAUUUUCAUUUCAUACUUUUUUAUUGGCGUAGAAUAAAAUUUACUCGUCUUGAAUAUCCUGUUUAUUCAAGUAAUAUUCAUUCUAAUUUUCACACCUGCUGCACUAGAGUUCAUUUUGGAGGCGAUUGGCAAAAAAACGGCACCGUAAAAAAUGAACAAUUUAUGGAAAAAAGAGACAGCGCACGCUGAAUAUGUGAAUCUUUUUGGAUCUGUUAAUGAUUCUCCUGUCGACAUGUAUGUUGAAUUACUCAAAACCAACCAAGCCCAGAAAGACAAUCGACGAUCAACCGAAUGGCGUUUCAAGGGAAAAGAUUUGUUUCGUCAAGGAAAUUGGAUCGAAGCAGUAAAAUGCUACAAUAAAAGUUUGUGUUUUGCUGAAAUUGGAUCUGAACAUGUGGCGCUAGCAUAUUCCAACAGAUCGGCAUGCUACUUUCACAUGAAGUUGUUCAAAGAUGUGUUAGUUGAUAUUGAACUCGCCAAAAGUGCAAAUCUACCAGACCGUCUGAUACCAAAACUGGAGCAACGUAAAAAUGAAAGUUUGCGUUUGAUGUCAGCUGUUAAGCGUAUGGACAUAUUCAAACCGAAACUAAGUUACAAAGCUAAUGAGCAUUUCCCGUGCAUGGCAAACGUUGUUGAAAUGAAAUACAGCCAAGAAUUCGGUCGCCAUUUGGUUGCAAAGUGCGACAUUCCAGUUGGAAAAACGGUGCUGGUGGAAAACGACAUCCCGCGAAUAAGAGAUGAAGUUAUGGUGUGCUACACUUGUUUACGAGUAAAUACGAAUUGUGUCGCUUGCCCAAACUGCGCGGAUGUUACAUUUUGCAGCAUUGAUUGCAUGAAUUGCAAUCAAAUCCACAACUUAGAGUGCGGUACAUUUUUUCCACACCUACAGCGUGAUAUAAGAAUUCAAAUCAAUACAAUUUUGUUGGCCAUCAACAGUUUUGCUGAUGUGGAUAGCUUAAUGCGAUUUGUUGAAGAUGCUUUACUCGAGAAUCCCGAGACAUUACCGACAUCAUUGUACGAUUCCAAGUCAAAAUAUCACUUCUUUUUCAAACUUUUAACAUCAGCACCACAUCCUUCUGGUCCAACGAACGCUUCUAAGAUUUACAAAAUUGCAAUGAAUUUGCCAAAAAUCAGCGGUCUGUUCGAUAGUGAUCGAAAGAAACGUUUCCUUAUGCACUUGGUUCUGCAUCAUGAAUUAAUCAUCAAUACUAAUGCAUGUGGAGUCGAUAAUUCCAAGCUUGUGGGCAAUAUGUUUUGCAUUCUGAAUCAUUCAUGUGCUCCGAACUUGUUGGGUUGUAUUUACUCAGGUCACAUUUUCUGUGUGUCAGGACGACCAAUAAGAAAGGGUGAACAGCUUUUCACCAAAUACUCAGGUACCGAUGAUGUUCCGUCAAAUGCACGAAAAACAGCGUUGAAAUCUCGUUGGGGCUUUGAUUGCAAAUGCGACAAAUGUGAACCAACGUGUGCACCAAUUGAUCGAAAGCUGAUUACAUCGGACCCAUAUUACAAGUACCUGGUCAAAAACAAAGACAACUUAAAUGGAUCUGCAAUCAUUCAAAAGAAAUGCGUUGAAUUUCUGAACAAAUACGGAUGUUUAGCAUGGUCUUCGGAAAUUGAAAGCGUAUUCGAAAUUUAUGGCUAUCAUUUGGCAUCAGCACUAGUUUAAGACUUUUCAGUUUUUUUUUGUAAUCCCGUUUUUUAUGUCUUAUUAGUUUUAAGCGGCACUCAGUGAGCAAAUCAAGAUGUUUUAUUUCGCUAUAGCCAAGAUACAUACGAUUCAUAUACGUAUCGAGUUAAAUAAAAAAAAAACUCAAAUAAAUUUCAAACGAAUGAACUUUCUUUUGGAAAAAAUCUUUUAAAAAUAGUUAAUCAAGUUGAAUUUACGAUAUCAAGUGUUCAUCUAUGUAUUUAAAAUUAAAUAAAGAAGCCAAAAAAUAUGCACCAAUUUCAAAGCAAAAUUUUAUUAAAGUAUCUUACAAGAAUAAAUAAAUUUCCUCCUCUCAUAAAAUGAAAUUUUGUAUGCAGUCCUCUUGAGGUUUGAUAUGCUCCAUUAAAUUCAAUGUCAACAUAAACAUAUUACGAUUCGAAAAUAUGAACAGAAAAAUUGGAUCUCUUUCGUUUAUUUUCAUUGAAUAGGUUUGACUCAAAACAGUGUAUUGAAAACGGCCUUCGAUGUAAAUGUAAAUCACAAUAUGGAUAAGCAUUUAAGCAUUCACUUGAACCAUG